AUGGCUCACUUGGGUGAACGCAAAUGGACUCACGUGUUCCCUUUCCUGGUGGUCUCCCUGGUGUACUCUGCCAGCGCCGAAUACUCCAACUGUGGUGAGAAUGAAUACUACAACCAGACCACUGGCAUGUGCCACGACUGCCCCAAGUGUGAGCCGGGUGAAGAACCCUACAUGACGUGUGGAUAUGGCACCAAAGACGAGGACUACGGCUGCAUCCCCUGCCCUUCAGAGAAGUUUUCCAAAGGAGGUUACCAGAUAUGCAGAAGGCACAAAGACUGUGAGGGUUUUUUUCGAGCCACAGUCAUGACACCUGGUGACCAGGAGAAUGAUGCAGAGUGUGGUCCUUGUCUCCCAGGUUACUACAUGCUGGAGAACAGACCUAGGAACAUCUAUGGGAUGGUUUGCUACUCAUGCUUGUUGGCGCCUCCUAACACCAAGGAAU